CACCCGGGCGGCGGCGGCGGCAGCGGCGGUGGUGGCUGCAUCCGGGUUUGGCUGGACCUGGUGGGGACUGCUCCUGUGGGCCCAGGAGCGGCGCCGAGCUGGCACAGGUGCCGGGGCCCAGGAGAAGUUUACUUUCAGUGGGUGCGAGGAGCCCCGAGGAGGCAGUGGCUGCUGCCAGGGGAGAAUGAGGAUGAGGAGCAGGGAGGCCAGCGGGAAGAGGAGUGUCCCAUCUGCACAGAGCCCUAUGGGCCCGGUGAGCACCGCCUGGCCCAGCUGAACUGUGGCCACGGCCUGUGCUCCGGCUGCCUGCACCGCCUGCUGGACACGGCCCCCAGUGCUGACCUGGGCCGUGUGCGCUGCCCACUGUGUCGCCAGAAGACGCCCAUGCUUGAGUGGGAGAUCUGCCGGCUGCAGGAGGAGCUGCUGCUGGCCGAUGGGCCCCAGCGCCCCCCGCCCCCCACACCUCCCACACCGCCUCGCCGUGGCCCCGGGCCCUGGGCCUCCCUGGAGCACCACUACCAGCUGCGCUUCCUGGCGGGGCCCGUGGGCGGCCGAGGCUGCCUGCCCUUCCUGCCCUGCCCGCCCUGCCUGGGCACCCGGCUCUGGGCCCUACGGGAACGGGGACCCUGUGCCCGCCGCCUGGGGCUGCUGGGCCUGCUGGGCCUCGAGCUCCUGGGGCUGCUGCUCACCUUCACACCGCUCGUGCUGCUGGGGCUGCUCUUCAUGCUGCUGGACCGCUCGGGCCACUGAGCAGGACCCGUCACAUCUGCCACUUGGCACCACCGGGCCUGGAGGCCCAGAACGGCCGUGUCCUGGAGCCUUGGUGCCACGGGUCUUGCCCUGAGAAACACCUGGCCCUGAGUCCCAAUGACCAGGCUGAAAAGCCCAAGGUUGACCAGGCGCUGGCAUUUAAUCAAGACCCGAGACGGGGGCCCAGGGCCACCCAGGGGCCUGUGUUCAGCCCUUGACCCAUCCAGAGACUUGAAACCGGCCUGCUGCCCGGACAGUAACCACUGGUGCCCAAGGACGGUGCUGGACAGGGUCUGUGACCAGGCCGUGAGCACUUCUCAGUGGACAGGCACCAUACUGACCCUGAGCUGCCUCCCCCGCCGCUUCCUAGACUGUCUGCAAAGGGAGACUCCUAGGAGAUGGCGGGGCCGAGCGGGACCGAGGGUGGGGGCCGCCCCGUGCCCCAGGUAAGGGCCAGCGUGAGUUCCCUGAAGGCUAGGGCAGCCGAGGGGAGGGGCCUUUGCUGUGCAAGCCCAGCCCUCAAAUGGCCCAAGCGCCUGGGGGUCCGGCACAUGGCCCCGAGCUGCAGGGUUCAAGGCCCAGCCAGACCUUGGAGCUGGAGUACUGAGAUGAGGCGCCUGACUGCCUGCGACCUCUGCUCACUGAGCCUGGGGCCUUUAUCUGAAGGACGGUCACAGCACCACCUCAGGGCUUAGUGGUGGCAGGCUGAGCACUGUACCUGGUCCGGGAAAUGGCGCUCAAUAAACAGCAGCAGCUACUGUACCUUCCACUCCC